UCAGUUCGGUAUCUGAAUACCAGACCAUGGGCACAAUGGGGCCAAAACAAGGAGUGUCGUUAUGGUUUUUUGCCUUAGCAGUUAUGCAACAUCACUUUGUACUGGGACAACAAGAAAAGUUUUCUGUAACUGGAGAAAGUGUGACACUGAUUUCUCCAAUGACAACUGCUCCAGUCAUGAAAGCUCUGAAUCCAAGUCACAGUGGUCGUGUGUGUAGCACCUGGGGCAAUGUCCACUACAAGACCUUUGACGGAGAUAUCAUUUACUUCCCUGGUACCUGUAAUUACUUAUUUACCUCCAACUGCAAAAACACCUUUGAAGAUUUUAAUAUCCAGAUUACGCAUUCGACAGAUGAAGAACUCCCAACAAUCAGCCGAAUCGCUAUGAAGCUGAGUGGCAUGUUUAUUGAAAUGGCCAAUGCAAUAGUCUCAGUUAAUGGAGAAAAUGUUCUGCUGCCGUUUAGUCAGUCUGGGAUUAUGAUCACGGGUAGCAGUACGGGUAUCAAGGUCUCCACUAAACUCGGAUUUGAAGCUAACUGGAAUGGAGAGGAUGCCUUCAUGGUUGAACUGGACAACAAAUACAGUAACCAAACAUGCGGUCUAUGUGGUGACUUUAAUGGUAUCCAGACAUACAAUGAAUUUGUGCCUAAUGGUAAUCUACUCACAAAUUAUCAGUAUGGAAACCUUCAGAAGGUGAACGGACCAACAGAAAUGUGUCAAGACAUUUUACCUACUUCCACACCCAGCUGCCUUGAUUAUAAACAAUACUGCGAGGAUAUCCUUUUAGGAGAAGCUUUUGCUGACUGCAAUCUCCAGCUUGCAGUUGAACCAUACGUCCAAGCAUGUAUGCAAGACAAGUGUAGUUGCAAUGGGACUUCAAAUCCGUUUUGUUUCUGUCACACAAUUGCCGAAUAUUCCAGGCAAUGCAGUCACUCUGGAGGCCAGCCUAAGGAAUGGAGAACGACAGACCUUUGCUAUAAAACAUGUCCGUACAACAUGGCAUACUUUGAAUGUAGGACUCCUUGUUUCGACACCUGCUCCAAUUUUGACAGAGCUGCACUCUGUAAAGAGCACUGCACUGGUGGCUGUUUCUGUCCUCAAGGAACUGUUUUUGAUGACAUCCAAAAUAGUGGUUGUAUAAAAAUUGAAGACUGUUUCUGUGUUCUUGAUGGCAAAGCCUAUGCACCAAGUGAAUCGUACACUACUGAGUGUCGGACAUGUACAUGCUCAGGGGGUCAGUGGUUAUGCAGUGAUCUUCCUUGCCCUGGUAUAUGUACGCUAAAUGGAGGUUCUCAUGUUACCACAUUUGACAAGAAGGCCUAUACCUUUCAUGGCAACUGUUUCUAUGUCUUCUCAGAGGACUCUGUAAGUAGCAGCUUUGCAGUGGUACCUAAACUAGUCACUUGUGGCAUCACAGAAACUGAAACGUGCUUGAAGAAGGUAUUUAUAUAUCUCAAUGAAAGAACAACGGUUGUUACUGUUACCUCUUCUGGAGCUGUACUGAUAGAUCAUGUGCUCAGAGCUCUGCCCUUCUCAGCAGGGAAUUUUUCUGUCAUGAUGCCUUCUACUUUUUUUAUCAUAAUGGAGACCAGCUUCGGAUUACGCAUAGAGAUACAGCUUCAGCCUCUUAUGCAGAUUGUCUUGAUACUUGACCCUACAUAUAAGGGUCAGACAUUUGGUCUUUGUGGGAAUUUUAAUGAUGACCAGACAGAUGACUUCAAAACAAGAAAUGGUCUUUUGGAGGGAUCGGCCGCAGGUUUUGCCACUUCUUGCAAGGCCCAGUCUGGUUGUAAUGAUGUAACAGAUACUUAUGAAAACCCUUGUACUCUUAGCAUGGAAAAUGAAGAGUAUGCGACUCACUGGUGCUCCUUGCUAACAGACAGUAAUGGAAGAUUUGCUGAAUGCCAUUCUACAGUAGACCCUAAGGGAUAUUAUAAGAACUGCGUAUAUGACAGCUGCAACUGUGAAGAUAGCGAGGAGUGUAUGUGUGCUGCCCUUUCUUCAUAUGUCAGAGCAUGUGUUAAUAAAGGGGUCAUAAUAACCGAAUGGCGAGAAAAUGUGUGUGAAAAGUACGCAAAACUGUGUCCAGAAGGAAUGGUGUAUAGUUACAAUGUAACUUCUUGUGAAAAGAGCUGCCGUGCAUUGAAUUUUCAGGAUGUGACAUGUGAUAUCCAGUUUGCUUCAGUUGAUGGAUGCGUAUGUGAAGAAGGUACCUACCUAACUGAGGAUGACACAUGUGUACCCAAGGAAAGCUGUCCUUGUUACUAUAAGUCAUUAGUUAUACAACCUGGGGAGGUCCUUCAUGACAGUGGAAUUCCAUGCACAUGCACUCAGGGCAAGUUGGACUGCAUUGGAAGUAUUCCUGAAGUCACAGAAUGCAAUGCACCCUUGGUCUAUUUCAACUGUUCGAAUUUUCAGGGUUCUGUUUCUCCUCCUGGGGCAGAUUGUCAGAAAAACUGCAAAACUUUGGACAUGGAAUGUUAUAGCACGGGGUGUGUUUCUGGGUGUGUUUGCCCUGACAAUCUUGUACUCACUGAUAGUGGAGACUGUAUUUAUGAAGAUCAGUGCCCCUGUUACCACAAUGGAGAGGCUUUUCAAGAAGGAGAACAGAUCACCGCAGACUGUAACACUUGCACUUGUGUGGCCAGACAAUGGCAAUGCACAGACAAGAUUUGCCAAGGAACAUGCUCGAUUUAUGGAGAGGGACAUUACAUCACCUUUGAUGGGAAGCGAUUUACCUUCAAUGGAGAAUGUGAAUAUGUUCUGGCACAGGACUACUGUUUCAACAAUGAAGGAUAUGGUACUUUCCGAGUAAUCACAGAGAAUGUUCCCUGCGGAACCACCGGGACUACUUGCUCGAAAGCUAUCAAGAUUGUCUUGGGGAGUACUGAAUUAAGACUCUCAGAUGGAGACUUUCAGGUUGUUAAGAGGGACACCUAUGUGGAUGUGCCAUACAGUAUCAAAUACUUGGGAUUAUUCCUGGCUGUUGAAGCUAGUAACGGAGUCCGUGUUUUCUGGGACAAGAAGACAACUGUGCUGAUUAAGCUAGAACCCACAUUCCAGACAAAUAUCUGUGGCCUCUGUGGAAACUAUAAUGGAAAAACAUUUGAUGACUUUACAACCAGAAGCCAGUCAGUGGUGGUUGACGUGUUUGAGUUAGGCAACAGCUGGAAAGUCUCUACUACCUGUCCAGACAAAACAUCUGAAAGAGACCCUUGUACUGCCAACCCUUACAGACAGGCAUGGGCUAAGAGGCAAUGCAGCAUUAUCAAGAGUAACGUGUUCAGUUCCUGUCAUUCUCAGGUGGACCCAUCAUCGUAUUAUGAUGCUUGUGUCCAGGAUGCGUGUGCCUGUGACACUGGAGGGGACUGUCAGUGUUUCUGCACAGCAGUAGCUGCUUAUGCAACAGCAUGCAAUGGGGCAGGGGUCUGUGUCACCUGGAGAAGCCCGGAGAUAUGCCCUGAAUUCUGUGAAUAUUACAACCCACCCCAUGGAUGUGAAUGGAGUUACAAACCUUGUGGAGCACCAUGCAUGAAAACCUGCAGAAAUCCCGAAGGAAUAUGUUCCAAUGUCCUGCCAGCCAUAGAAGGCUGUUACCCAGAAUGCCCAGAUGACAGGCCAUUCUUCCAAGAGGAAUCAAUGAGUUGUGUCCCUAUUGAAGAAUGUGGUUGCUACGACGAUGUUGGAAAUCAUUACAAAAAUGGGGAAACUGUACCUUCACUGGAAAAUUGUGUAUCUUGUUUAUGCACAAUGAAUGGAAUAAACUGUCAGCAAAAUGACACAGCUUGUUACUGUAACUACGACGGGAAGAAGUACCCCUUUGGAGAAGUAAUCUACCAUACUACGGAUGGUAUGGGAGACUGUAUCCUUGCAAUGUGUGGCCCAAAUGGAACAAUAGAUAGGCAGCUUGAAGCCUGCUCAACUACGGCACCCACAACCACAUUUCACUUUUCUUCCACAACUUCUCAGGGAUAUCCAACAAUAACACCUUCUGAGAUUUCAACCGAGGUAACAAAAACUUCACUCAGCACAGAAGAGAGAUCCACAGAAAGUUCAACAAGCACACAUAUAUCAACAUCUCAGCUGAGAACUCCAUCCACAGCGUAUUCAACAACAGUUCAGAAAGAAAGCAAGCCACCAGCUUCUUUAGCUACAGCAGCAGUAUCUACAUUAACAACACCACCAGCAAGUUCACACACACCAGUUUCAGUAUCGGCAACACCAUCCGCUUCAUCACUUGUAACACCUCAUGGAGAAACUUCAGGAAAAGGUGAAGUAACAACAUCAGUAAUGACUUCUGAAUCAUCUCAAUAUACUCAAAAAAUUAGACCAUCACCAUCACAAACACAAAAAACUUCAGCUGCACAAGAAACCACCACUUCACCGUUGCCAACUCCCUUCACCAAAUCUUCAGCUUCAGAAAAAACAACACCAGUAAUAAUCUCAGAAACAACUGGAGUAUCAACUGAGAUAACAGAAACAUCACCAGGUACAGUGCAGAGAGUUACACAUAGUUCUGCAGUAAGUGAACAGACAAUCCCGUCAUAUCCAAGAUCUUCUCCAGAGGGACAGUCAACAUCCCCAUCAGAAAAGAGCAAACCAUAUGUUUCUCCAAGUUUGACUGCAGAAACAUUACUGACCUCACCACUAGUAGUAUCACAAACAGCUGUUUCAGAAACUGGACCAUCAUAUGUUUCUUCACCAUCAACAACUUCAGUAGCAAGCAAGCCUCCAUCUCCUCCAACUGUAACUGCAGUUACCGAAAAAACACCACAAAUAUUAAUCUCAGAAACAGCUAGAGUCUCAACUGAGAUAACAGAAACAUCACCAGGUACAGUACAGAGAGUUACACAUAGUCCUGCAGUAAGUGAACAGACAACUCCAUCAUAUCCAAGAUCUUCUCCAGAGGGACAGUCAACAUCACCUUCAGAAAGAAGCAAACCAUAUGUUUCCCCAAGUGUGACAGCAGAAACAUUACUUACCUCACCACCAAUAGUAUCACAAACUGCUGUAUCAGAAACUGGACCUUCAUAUGUUUCUUCUCCAGAAACAUCCCCAGAAAAAUCUGCAGCACCAUCAACCACUUCAGUAGUAAGCAAGCCUCCAUCUCCUCCAACUGUAACUGCAGUUACAGAGAAAACAACACCAAUAUUAAUCUCAGAAACAGCUAGAGUCUCAACUGAGAUAACAGAAACAUCACCAGGUACAGCACAGAGAGUUACACACAGUCCUGCAGUAAGUGAACAGACAACUCCAUCAUAUCCAAGAUCUUCUCCAGAGGGACAGUCAACAUUACCUUCAGAAAAAAGCAAACCAUAUGUUUCUCCAAGUGUGACAGCAGAAACAUUACUGACCUCACCACUGAUAGUAUCACAAACUGCUGUAUCAGAAACAGGACCAUCAUAUGUUUCUUCUCCAGAAACAUCCCCAGGGAAAUCUGCAGCACCAUCAACCACUUCAGUAGUCAGCAAGCCUCCAUCUCCUCCAACUGUAACUGCAGUUACAGAGAAAUCAACACCAGUAUUAAUCACAGAAACAGCUAGAGCCUCAACUGAGAUAACAGAAACAUCACCAGGUACAGUACAGAGAGUUACAUAUAGUCCUGUAGUAAGUGAGCAGACAACUCCAUCAUAUCCAAGAUCUUCUCCAGAGGGACAGUCAACAUCACCUUCAGAAAGGAGCAAACCAUAUGUUUCUCCAAGUGUGACUGCAGAAACAUUACUGACCUCACCACCAGAAGUAUCACAAACAGCUGUUUCAGAAACCGGACCAUCUUAUGUUUCUUCACCAGAAACAUCCCCAGGGAAAUCUGCAGUACCAUCAACCACUUCAGUAGUAAGUAAGCCUCCGUCUCCUCCAACUGCAACUGCUGCUACAGAGAAAACAACACCAAUAUUAAUCUCAGAAACAGCUAGAGUCUCAACUGAGAUAACAGAAACAUCACCAGGUACAGUGCAAAGAGUUACACAUAGUCCUGCAGUAAGUGAACAGACAACUCCAUCAUAUCCAAGAUCUUCUCCAGAGGUGCAGUCAACAUCACCUUCAGAAAGAAGCAAACCAUAUGUUUCUCCAAGUGUGACUACAGAAACAUUACUGACCUCACCACCAAUAGUAUCACAAACUGCUGUAUCAGAAACCGGACCAUCCUAUGUUUCUUCUCCAGAAACAUCACCAGGGAAAUCUGUAGCCCCAUCAACCACUUCAGUAGUAAGCAAGCCUCCAUCUCCUCCAACUGUAACUGCAGUUACAGAGAAAACAACACCAAUAUUAAUCUCAGAAACAGCUAGAGUCUCAACUGAGAUAACAGAAACAUCACCAGGUACAGUGCAGAGAGUUACACAUAGUCCUGCAAUAAGUGGACAGACAACUCCAUCAUAUCCAAGAUCUUCUCCAGAGGGACAGUCAACAUCACCUUCAGAAAAAAGCAAACCAUAUGUUUCUCCAAGUGUGACAGCAGAAACAUUACUGACCUCACCACCAAUAGUAUCACAAACUGCUGUAUCAGAAACUGGACCAGCCUAUGUUUCUUCUCCAGAAACAUCCCCAGGGAAAUCUGCAGCACCAUCAUCCACUUCAGUAGUAAGUAAGCCUCCAUCUCCUCCAACUGUAACUGCAGUUACAGAGAAAACAACACCAGUAUUAAUCUCAGAAACAGCUAGAGUCUCAACUGAGAUAACAGAAACAUCACCAGGUACAGUGCAGAGAGUUACACAUAGUCCUGCAGUAAGUGAACAGACAACUCCAUCAUAUCCAAGAUCUUCUCCAGAGGGACAGUCAACAUCACCUUCAGAAAGAAGCAAACCAUAUGUUUCUCCAAGUGUGACUGCAGAAACAUUACUGACCUCACCACCAGAAGUAUCACAAACAGCUGUUUCAGAAACCGGACCAUCUUAUGUUUCUUCACCAGAAACAUCCCCAGGGAAAUCUGCAGUACCAUCAACCACUUCAGUAGUAAGUAAGCCUCCAUCUCCUCCAACUGCUGCUACAGAGAAAACAACACCAAUAUUAAUCUCAGAAACAGCUAGAGUCUCAACUGAGAUAACAGAAACAUCACCAGGUACAGUGCAAAGAGUUACACAUAGUCCUGCAGUAAGUGAACAGACAACUCCAUCAUAUCCAAGAUCUUCUCCAGAGGGACAGUCAACAUCACCUUCAGAAAGAAGCAAACCAUAUGUUUCUCCAAUACCAUCAUCCACUUCAGUAGUAAGUAAGCCUCCAUCUCCUCCAACUGUAACUGCAGUUACAGAGAAAACAACACCAGUAUUAAUCUCAGAAACAGCUAGAGUCUCAACUGAGAUAACAGAAACAUCACCAGGUACAGUGCAGAGAGUUACACAUAGUCCUGCAGUAAGUGAACAGACAACUCCAUCAUAUCCAAGAUCUUCUCCAGAGGGACAGUCAACAUCACCUUCAGAAAGAAGCAAACCAUAUGUUUCUCCAAGUGUGACUGCAGAAACAUUACUGACCUCACCACCAGAAGUAUCACAAACAGCUGUUUCAGAAACCGGACCAUCUUAUGUUUCUUCACCAGAAACAUCCCCAGGGAAAUCUGCAGUACCAUCAACCACUUCAGUAGUAAGUAAGCCUCCAUCUCCUCCAACUGCAACUGCUGCUACAGAGAAAACAACACCAAUAUUAAUCUCAGAAACAGCUAGAGUCUCAACUGAGAUAACAGAAACAUCACCAGGUACAGUGCAAAGAGUUACACAUAGUCCUGCAGUAAGUGAACAGACAACUCCAUCAUAUCCAAGAUCUUCUCCAGAGGGACAGUCAACAUCACCUUCAGAAAGAAGCAAACCAUAUGUUUCUCCAAUACCAUCAUCCACUUCAGUAGUAAGUAAGCCUCCAUCUCCUCCAACUGUAACUGCAGUUACAGAGAAAACAACACCAGUAUUAAUCUCAGAAACAGCUAGAGUCUCAACUGAGAUAACAGAAACAUCACCAGGUACAGUGCAGAGAGUUACACAUAGUCCUGCAGUAAGUGAACAGACAACUCCAUCAUAUCCAAGAUCUUCUCCAGAGGGACAGUCAACAUCACCUUCAGAAAGAAGCAAACCAUAUGUUUCUCCAAGUGUGACUGCAGAAACAUUACUGACCUCACCACCAGAAGUAUCACAAACAGCUGUUUCAGAAACCGGACCAUCUUAUGUUUCUUCACCAGAAACAUCCCCAGGGAAAUCUGCAGUACCAUCAACCACUUCAGUAGUAAGUAAGCCUCCAUCUCCUCCAACUGCAACUGCUGCUACAGAGAAAACAACACCAAUAUUAAUCUCAGAAACAGCUAGAGUCUCAACUGAGAUAACAGAAACAUCACCAGGUACAGUGCAAAGAGUUACACAUAGUCCUGCAGUAAGUGAACAGACAACUCCAUCAUAUCCAAGAUCUUCUCCAGAGGGACAGUCAACAUCACCUUCAGAAAGAAGCAAACCAUAUGUUUCUCCAAGUGUGACUGCAGAAACAUUACUGACCUCACCACCAGAAGUAUCACAAACAGCUGUUUCAGAAACCGGACCAUCUUAUGUUUCUUCACCAGAAACAUCCCCAGGGAAAUCUGCAGUACCAUCAUCCACUUCAGUAGUAAGUAAGCCUCCAUCUCCUCCAACUGUAACUGCAGUUACAGAGAAAACAACACCAGUAUUAAUCUCAGAAACAGCUAGAGUCUCAACUGAGAUAACAGAAACAUCACCAGGUACAGUGCAGAGAGUUACACAUAGUCCUGCAGUAAGUGAACAGACAACUCCAUCAUAUCCAAGAUCUUCUCCAGAGGGACAGUCAACAUCACCUUCAGAAAGAAGCAAACCAUAUGUUUCUCCAAGUGUGACUGCAGAAACAUUACUGACCUUACCACCAGAAGUAUCACAAACAGCUGUUUCAGAAACCGGACCAUCUUAUGUUUCUUCACCAGAAACAUCCCCAGGGAAAUCUGUAGCCCCAUCAACCACUUCAGUAGUAAGCAAGCCUCCAUCUCCUCCAACUGUAACUGCAGUUACAGAGAAAACAACACCAAUAUUAAUCUCAGAAACAGCUAGAGUCUCAACUGAGAUAACAGAAACAUCACCAGGUACAGUGCAGAGAGUUACACAUAGUCCUGCAAUAAGUGGACAGACAACUCCAUCAUAUCCAAGAUCUUCUCCAGAGGGACAGUCAACAUCACCUUCAGAAAAAAGCAAACCAUAUGUUUCUCCAAGUGUGACAGCAGAAACAUUACUGACCUCACCACCAAUAGUAUCACAAACUGCUGUAUCAGAAACUGGACCAGCCUAUGUUUCUUCUCCAGAAACAUCCCCAGGGAAAUCUGCAGCACCAUCAUCCACUUCAGUAGUAAGUAAGCCUCCAUCUCCUCCAACUGUAACUGCAGUUACAGAGAAAACAACACCAGUAUUAAUCUCAGAAACAGCUAGAGUCUCAACUGAGAUAACAGAAACAUCACCAGGUACAGUGCAGAGAGUUACACAUAGUCCUGCAGUAAGUGAACAGACAACUCCAUCAUAUCCAAGAUCUUCUCCAGAGGGACAGUCAACAUCACCUUCAGAAAGAAGCAAACCAUAUGUUUCUCCAAGUGUGACAGCAGAAUCAUUACUGACCUCACCACCAAUAGUAUCACAAACUGCUGUAUCAGAAACCAGACCAUCAUAUGUUUCUUCUCCAGAAACAUCCCCAGGGAAAUCUGCAGCACCAUCAUCCACUUCAGUAGUAAGCAAGCCUCCAUCUCCUCCAACUGUAACUGCAGUUACAGAGAAGACAACACCAGUAUUACUCUCAGGAACAACUAGAGUUUCAACUGAGAUAACAGAAACAUCACCAGGUACAGUGCAGAGAGUUACACAUAGUCCUGCAGUAAGUGAACAGACAACUCCAUCAUAUCCAAGAUCCUCUCCUGAGGGACAAUCAACAUCCCCAACAGAAAGGAGCAAACCAUAUGUUUCUCCAAGUGUGACUGCAGAAACAUUACUGACCUCACCACUAGUAGUAUCACCAACAGCUGUUUCAGAAACUGAACCAUCAUAUGUCUCUUCACCAGAAAUAUCCCCAGGGAAAUCUGCAGCACCAUCACCAACUUCAGUAGUAAGCAAGCCCCCAUCUCCUCCAACUGUAACUGCAGUUACAGAAAAAACAACACCAGUAUUAUUCUCAGAAACAACUAGAGUCUCAACUGAGAUAACAGAAACAUCACCAGGUACAGUACAAAGAGUUACACAUAGUCCUGCUGUAAGUGAACAGACAACUCCAUCAUAUCCAAGAUCUUCUCCAGAGGGACAGUCGACAUCUCCUUCAGAAAGGAGCAAACCAUAUCUUUCUCCAAGUAUGACUGCAGAAACCUUACUGACCUCACCACCAAUAGUAUCACAAACAGCUGUUUCAGAAACCGGACCAUCAUAUGUUUCUUCACCGGAAACAUCCCCAGGGAAAUCUGCAGCACCAUUAGCCACUUCAGUAGUAAGCAAGCCUCCAUCUCCUCCAACUGUAACUGCAAUUACAGAGAAAACAACACCAGUAUUAAUCUCAGAAACAACUAGAGUCUCAACUGAGAUAACUGAAACAUCACCAGGUACAGUGCAGAGAGUUACACAUAGUCCUGCAGUAAGUGAACAGACAACUCCAUCAUAUCCAAGAUCUUCUCCAGAGGGACAGUCAACAUCACCUUCAGAAAAAAGCAAACCAUAUGUUUCUCCAAGUGUGACUGCAGAAACCUUACUGACCUCACCACCAAUAGUAUCACAAACAGCUGUUUCAGAAACCGGACCAUCAUAUAUUUCUUCACCAGAAACAUCCCCAGGGAAAUCUGUAGCACCAUCAGUCACUUCAUUACUUAGCACGUCCUUGCCACGUUUUUCCACUGUAACUUCCAAAGCAACAGAGCUCUCAAGUAGGAUAUCACAAUCUUCACCUGGUAUUACUGAGAAUAUUCCAUCUAGUUUAGUUACAAGUGUGAUUACAAAAAUAUCAUUAACAACACCACCUGUAGCUUCUCAAACAGCAGUUUCAGAAACUGUCCUGCCAUCUACCUCCCCACAUGAAACAGUCCCUGGAGAGUUUACAGUACAAUCGACUCCUUCAAUAACAAGUGAAUCUUCACAUGCAAUACUGACAUCAUCUUUGUCAACUGCUUCCAUGUCAUCGGUGAUAACGUCAGAGUCUGUAAUACCACCAACAGCCAAUAAAACAACUUUUGGACCCAUGUCUUCUACUGUAACGAAAGUUACUGCAAAAUGCUUCUGUAUAGUAAACAGCAUAUAUUUUUUUCCUGGGGAGACCAUCUAUAACAAAACAGAUAAAUCAGGCUGGUGUUACUCUGCCUUGUGCAGUGAGAACUGCGAAAUUGAAAAGCACAACGAACCAUGUAUGAGCCCUACAACAGUUCCUGCUACAACAGUUCCUGUUACAAUAGUUCCUGCUACAACAGUUCCUGUUACUUCUGUCUCACCAUCUACAGUCAGCACUCCAGCAGCAACAGAGUCCCCUUCAACACCAGCAUCAACAGUUUCAUAUGACUGCAACAACCUUGUUCCACCAAGAAAGUACAAUGAAACAUGGGUGGUAGACAAGUGUACCAAUGCAACAUGCUUGGGAGAUUGUGUGUACAUGACACGUGUAACAUGCCCAGCUACAGAGACAGUCACUUGCAUUAGUGGUCGCCCACCUGUUGAAGUAUAUGAUGACUCUGGUUGCUGCUUCAAGUAUGAAUGUGAAGAUGUCUGCAGUGGAUGGGCCAAAUCUCACUUUAUGACCUUCAAUGGUACAUAUUAUAAUUUCCAAGGAGACUGUUCUUAUGUCUUAAUGAAGGAAAUCAGAUCAACAUUCAACCUUCAAAUUAAUAUGAUCAACAAUUACUGUGCUGCAUGGACUGGAACCUCCUGCCCGCAGGCUAUUGAGAUCUUAUACGGCCCCUCAAAAGUGUUGAUUUCGCAACAGAAUCUUAAUGGAAAACAGUCUGACCUGGUGCUUUUCAAUCAGAAGAAGGUUACACCAGCGUUUGAAAAUGAGGGCAUACGGAUCACUAGUGCUAGUAUGGAUAUAACUGUUCAAAUAUCUGAAUUGGGAACUGAUGUCACAUUUAGCCAGCAACAUUUUGCAAUGAAGAUUCCUCAGACCAAGUUUGCAGGCAAUACAGAAGGGCUUUGUGGUACAUAUUCAAGCGAGAGCAGUGAAGGAUGCCGAAUGCCAGAUGGUACAACAGCUCACAGUUGCUCCGAGAUGGCAGAAAACUGGCGUAUUCCUGAUAAGAACAAUCCAUACUGUCAGUCUAUAUCACCAACAACUACCUUACCUCCUUUACAAACUGUUUCACCUAUUGCACCACCACCAAGUUCAUCUCUUGCACCAGGAACGGGCUCACCUCUUGUACCUAGUGGUUUACCUAGUAUCUCAAGCAUGCUACCUGCAGCAUCUUCUCAAGUUCCUGGCAUAGCAACAAAUGUACCUAUUGGUUCGAAUGGCUUAUCUAAUGCACCAAGUGGCUCACCUACUAGUUUAGCAAAGACAGGUUUACCUAAUUUGCCAAGUGGUUUAUCCACAGUACCACAUGGCAUACCUACUGGGGCCACUGGUUUGCCUAGUGGAUCAUCUGAAUUACCUAAUGUACCAUCAGGUCUACCUCUUGUAACAGCUGGCUUACCUUCUGGACAAGCUAGCUCAGUUAAUGUACCAUCUGGCCUACCUACUGGAUCAACAGUACCAAAUGUACCAUCUAGUCUGCCUUAUGUAUCCACUGGCUUACCUUCUGGACCAUCUAGCCCAAUUAAUGUACCAUCGGGCUUACCUACUGGAUCAGAAGGAUCUGCUAAUAUACCAUCUGGUCUACCUCAUGUAACAACUAGCUUACCUUCUGGGCAAGCUAGCUCAGUUAACGGUUUACCUACUGGACCUGGCUUACCAAAUGUACCAUCAAGUCUGCCUUAUGUACCAACUAGCUUACCAGCUAACUCAGUUAAUGUACCAUCUGCCUUACCUACUGGGUCAGCAGGAUCUGUUAAUGUACCAUCUGGAUUGCCUUAUGUAACAUCUGGCUUACCUUCUGGACCAGCUACCUCAGUUAAUGUACCAUCUGCCUUACCUACUGGGUCAGCAGGAUCUGUUAAUGUACCAUCUGGAUUGCCUUAUGGAACAUCUGGCUUACCUUCUGGAUCAGUUAGCUCAGUUAAUGUGCCAUCUGGUUUACCUACUGGAUCAGCAGGAUCUGUUAAUGUACCAUCUGGAUUGCCUUAUGGAACAUCUGGCUUACCUUCUGGAUCAGUUAGCUCAGUUAAUGUGCCAUCUGGUUUACCUACUGGAUCUGGCUUAAUUAAUGUACCAUCUGCUCUGCCUUAUGUAACAACUAGGUUGUCUUCUGGAUUAGCUAGCUCACUUAAUGUACCAUCUUCCUUACCCGCUGGAUCUGCUACCUCAGCUUAUGUACCAGGUGCUUUAUCCACCACAAUCUCAGGUUUGCCUACAGCAUCAUCCCGUUUACCUGCUAUAGCAACUAGCCUACCUAAUAUACCAGUGAGUUUACCUGCUGGAUCAGUUACCUUAUCUAGUGUACCAUCUGGCAUACAAACUGGAUCACCCAUCUUACCUAAUGUUCCAACUGGUGCAGCUAGUGUUUCAGUAAGUUUAUCUAAUAUACCAACACAUUUACAGACUGGAUCAGUAAUCUUUCCCACAAGGUCCUCUAGCUUACCCAAUUCACCAGCUGGAUUACCUAAUGGAACAGCACCUUCACCAGGUGUAUCAGCUAGUUUGCCAGCUGGAUCAGGUGGCCUGCACACAGAGUCUACUGGCAUCCCCAGUCCAGUAAGUAGCUCACCUAAUGUUCCAUCUGGCUUGAUAACUAACUCAGCCAGUUUAUCCAGCAUAGCAGCUGGUUUAGCUAGUGAAACUACUGGAUUACCUCAUGUGCAAACUUCCCUUCAAAACAGAACAUCUAACUUACCUUAUGCAUCAACAGUUUUACAGAGCACGCUAACUAGCCAGCCUGCUGGAUCAAGUGGUCAGUCACACUUAUCGACAGUUUUAUCUUUUGCAACAAAUGGUACGUCUCCUGUGGCAGUCACAACUAAACCAACCUGCAGCACCCCUUUACCUCUCUGCAGCCUCAUUACGAGCAGUGUAUUUUCAGAAUGCCAUAAACUGAUUUCUCCAGAGCCAUUCUACCAGGCCUGUGCAAAGGAUGGGUGUAAACUUUCCACGGCCUCACCACAAUUCAGUAAUAAGACAUCCACAGAAGACUGUACCACACUGCAGGCAUAUGCAUCAACUUGUGCCCACCUUGGAGUCUGCAUUGACUGGAGAGGACAGACAGGAGGAAAAUGUGAAAUGCAGUGUCCAUCUGGUAAGGAGUACAAAGCAUGUGGCCCAAAGGUGCAACCUACCUGUAAUUCAGGAUAUAAUGACAAGUAUGUACAAUCUGAUGAUGAUAAUUAUGCUGAAGGAUGUUUCUGUCAAGAUGGAAAAAUCCUUUUCAACACGUAUUUGGACAUCUGUGUCUCCACCUGCGGUUGCACAGGGCCCGAUGGAAUGCCAAGAGAGCCUGGGGACACAUGGAAGAGCAACUGUCUGGACUGCCAAUGUGACAACAUUACGAUGACUGUCCAGUGCAAGCCACGUGCAUGUUACCCCUCUUCUAAUACAUGUACCCAGGAAGGAUUUGUACCCAUUACUGUGAAAGACCCAGAAAAUCCUUGCUGUAACAAAACUGAAUGCAGAUGCAAUACAAGUUUGUGUUCCAAAACUCCUCAGGGCUGUAAGCCAGGAUUUCAUGUGGUGGCUACACUUCCUGAAGCUGCCUGCUGCACUGUGUACAAAUAUGAGCCGAAGGGUGUCUGCGUUUUUAACGACACUGAAUACGAGCCAAAUGCAGUCAUUCCACAAAACACUUGUGAUAAGUGUUACUGCAGCAAAACUACUGAUCCUGUAACACAGCUGAACAACAUUGUCUGCGCUCCUGUACAGUGUGAUAAAUCCUGCAAGCCAAGCUUUGAAUAUCGGACUGUCCCUGGAAAAUGCUGUGGAGAGUGCAUCCAGACAAGCUGCCUUAUUGUCCUGCCGAACAAUAGCACACAACUGCUCAAGCCUGGCGAAAAGUGGUCACCCUCUAAUGACAACUGCACUCAGUAUACCUGUACCUUGGUUAAUGGUCAGUAUAUUCUACUCACCAACAAGAAGCAGUGUCCCCCAUUCACUGCCUCGGAGUGUGCCCAGGGUUCUGUUGUAUGGGAUUCUGCUGGCUGCUGUGCAAAAUGUAACUCUACAAUCAAGAAAUGUGGAGUUCAGAAAAAAAUGGACUUUAUCACUUACAAUGGCUGUACAUCUACAAAAGCUGUGUUGAUAACCUCGUGUCAGGGAGCCUGUGUCACAUCAUCUUAUCUAACGUUUGGCCCAGAAGUGAUAACAUCAAAAUGGUGGUUGUUCUGGACGACAUCUCAACUGAAAUAUACAAUGCAAGCCACAGAAAUAGAGAGUGCCUGUACUUGCUGUCAGCAAACUAAGUACCACCUUGUAGAUGUGGAGCUCACCUGUCCAGAAAAACAAGGGAAGAAAGUCAAGUUCUCUUACAUUUAUAUUGAUGAAUGUGGCUGUUCUACCGUACCAUGCUCUGAGAGCUAAUCACCAGGUGGACAGGACAACAGAAUAAAGAACAAAGAAUCGUUACUACACAAAUGAGACAAACAAAUUGAAUCAAUAUUUAUAUAGCAGAAAAUAUAUUUGUGAGUUGUGUAGGUAUAUUUAAGGCAGUGUUGUAUAUUUCUUCUCUCAAGAUUUUUUUGCCAUUGUUAUUCAUUUUUUUUCUUUGUAAAGAGUAGAUGUUUGAGUCAGAGUUCCACCUUUGGCAGUCUGAAGAAGGCUCUUUGUAUAAGUUUCAAUAAAGAGGAAAUCUGCCUUCUUCAAAUAUGUGAAUAAGCACAAUUUCUAAGUGAAUAAAUUUAAAUUGCAUAAAA